CUCUUCCUUAAGAAAUAUAAGUCAUGGCCGAAGACAUUGUAAUGCCCGAUGCUGAUGCCGUAAGAGAACAGAAACUUCAGUAUCGCGAUGAUGAAAACAACAGCGAAGCUGCUCUUGACAAGAGAUAUCCCAAUCGGCCAAGAAACCUUCAUAAGACCCUUCCAUUUCACUCCCUGAUAACGGAGUUGUUCAAUCCGCUGCUCGACAGUACCAAAAAGAACCGCCCGUCCACAGCCAGGCGGAAACAAGGGCCCCAAGGCCAAGCAUCCCUCUCGCCACACGAAGCUCGCCGCAACAUCAUCGAGCAAUACAUCGCAAAAUGGAGGAAAGAAGUCGGUAAUGACUUCUACCCUGCGAUGCGGCUCGUAAUUCCAGAGAAAGACCGCGACCGUGCCAUGUACGGCCUGAAAGAAAAGGCAAUUGCGAAAAUCCUAAUCAAGGUCAUGAAGAUCAACAAAGACUCCGAGGAUGCAAAGAAUAUGAUCAAUUGGAAGCUUCCUGGCCAGCUUGGUAAAUUUGUAUCUUCAACCGCAGGUGACUUCGCUGGUCGAUGUUUCGAAGUGCUUUCGAAGCGGCCAAUGAGAACGGCGCCUGGAGACAUGAGUAUCGCUGAUGUCAACAAUGCUCUCGACCACUUGUCUCGGCUUGGUAUGGAAGACGAGCAACUCAGUGUGUUUAAGCGAUUCUACCGCAGGAUGAAUCCUGAGGAGAUGACGUGGCUGAUUCGAAUGAUCCUGCGCCAGAUGAAGAUUGGCGCCACGGAGAAGACUAUUCUUGAUAUCUGGCAUCCAGACGCCGAAACACUCUUUAAUGUGUCCUCGAAUCUUCGUCGAGUAUGCUGGGAGCUCUAUGACCCUAGGAUUCGCCUAGAUGGUGGCGACGCCGGUAUUACGCUGAUGGAGUGCUUUCAGCCCCAACUAGCGGCUUUCCAGAAGCUGGUCGGCUCAUUCGAAAAGAUGGUUGCAAAGCUGAAGCCUACCCCUGACGAUGACUCGUUCUGGAUAGAAGAAAAGCUUGACGGUGAACGAAUGCAACUCCACAUGAUUGAAGAUCCGGACAUGCCCGGCGGAAAACGCUUCGGAUUCUGGUCGCGAAAAGCAAAAGACUACCACUAUCUCUACGGCCAGGGUCUCGAACAAGAGAACAGUGCACUCACUCGAUUUCUCAAAGACGCGUUCGCGUCCAGUGUUCGGAACAUUAUUCUCGAUGGCGAAAUGAUCACCUGGGACAUGGACGUCGAUCGCAUCGUUGGCUUCGGUACUCUCAAAACCGCUGCGCUCUCAGAAAAAGAGAACCGUGCUAGUUCGAGUACUGGCCAACGUCCCUUAUACCGCGUCUUCGACUGUUUAUAUCUUAAUGACACACUUCUCGCGCCCUAUAUGCUUCGCGACCGUCGUAAUGCGUUAGCUAGUGCAGUUAAGGGUGUUCGUCGUCGUCUCGAAAUCCAUCCCUAUAUCGAAGCCCACUCUUACACGGAAAUCGAACCCGAGCUGCGGAAAGUCGUGGCUGAAGCAUCCGAGGGACUAGUCUUGAAAAAUCCCCGUUCCAUGUAUCGCUUGAAUGAACGUAACGACGACUGGAUCAAAGUAAAGCCCGAGUACAUGAGCGAAUUCGGAGAGUCAUUAGACUGCGUCGUUGUUGGAGGCUACUUUGGUUCAGGGCACCGUGGUGGCGCCCAUUCGAGUUUCCUCUGCGGGCUGUUAGUUAACAAGCAUGCACGGGAAGGCGACCCAGACUACGAGAAAUGCUAUUCGUUCUUCAAAGUCGGUGGUGGGUUCAGCAGAGAAGACUACGCAGCAAUCCGGGGACGUACUGAAGGGAAGUGGAAGACCUGGGACCCAAAGCGUCCUCCAUCGAUUAUCGAGCUCGGUGGACACGCUGAAAAUCGCCAACACGAACGGCCAGAUCAAUGGAUUCGACCAAGUGAAUCUGUUGUCCUCGAGUGCAAGGCAGCAAGCGUGGAAAGCAGCGAUAAAUUCAGGAUGAGCAUUACCUUGCGCUUUCCCCGCUUCAAGCAACUCCGUGCAGAUAAGAAAUGGGAACAGGCAUUGUCGAUAUCAGAAUUCAUGGAGCUGAAAGAUACCGCAGAGCGCGAGCACGAUGAAAAGGAAAAGGAGUUUAAAAUCGAGCAGUCCCGACGAAAAAAGGCCCGAACAACCAAGAAACCCCUUGUAAUCGCCGGCAAUGAAACCGUCUCCACCCCCUACGCAGGUCCAGCAUCGAACCUAUUCUCCGGCCUAAACUUCUUCAUCAUGACCGACGCCCUCACCCCCUCGAAAAUAACCAAACCCGAAAUCGAAGCCCUCGUCAAAGCCCACGGCGGCAAAAUCGUCCAGCGCGAAUCCCAGGACAAAAAUCUCAUCAUUAUCGCCGACAAACGUCUUGUCAAAGUCUCGUCCCUCGAGAAACGCGAAACAAACAACAUCGUCAAACCCAUCUGGAUCUAUGACUGCAUCCAGCAAUCUAGCAUCGACGUUAACGCCCCGCCUUUCGUGCUUCCUUUCGAACCUAAUCGCCACAUGUUUUUCCUUCUCGAGGAUGAUCAGCUGCCAUUUGAAGAACAUGUUGAUGAAUAUGGUGACUCGUAUACCCGUGAUGUCAGCGACGUUUCGGAACUCCGCAAGAUUUUCGACAAUAUGCCGCAGAAAUUUGAAAAUGCUUUUGAAGGUGCGGAUUUCGUUGCGCAGGCUGGAGAGCACGGCCAAGAAUUAAUGAAGCUGAAGAAUUACAUGUUUUCGGGGAUGAAGGUUUGCUUUGAUGACAUCGAUGUAGAAUCGUUGGGUUUUAAGCUCACGACGAAUUAUAUCCGGUUUGGUGGUGGCAUGGUAGUUGUAGGAUUGGAAGAGGGAGGGAUCACACAUGUAGUAGUUCGCGAUGAGGCAAGUGCAACGAGGUUAAGGAGAAAGCUGUUUGUGACACCGUUGCCGAGGAUUGUGGGGGUGGCGUGGGUGGAGAGGUGUUGGGAUGAGGGGACAAGAGUGGAUGAGGAGAGAUUUCAUUACAAAGCGUUGGGUAAGAAGAUGCAGGAUGUAAAUGCUCGAUGCCUCCUCAUGACUGACAAUCGGCCGCAAGUGAUUGAAGAUGGAAAGUCAAAGUUGCUCAAGAGACAUGCGACAAUACCAGAACAGAUAGGAGACAUACUAUUCACGGGAUGCUCACUAGAAGGAGAGAUAGUGUCAGCACUUCCAAUGAGGUAUAGUAGUUUACGAUUGGGCGAUUUUGAUGUGUACAUAUUGUAA